CACGCGUUGCCGCGGGCGGAUCCACGGCGUGCGCUGCCUCACCUCGCUCGACCUCUCCGACAACAGUAUGGAGUUUGAAUUGUCUGGCAUCGUGAGAGCUAUAGGAAAGAAUCAUUCCAUCACACAUUUAUCACUAAGCAAAUUGACGGGGAAAAGAUCGUAUGCGCCGCCUCUAAUACAAGCUCUAGUCCACGUUCUUCAAGAACCAGAUACCGCCUUGACUUCAUUAGAUCUCAGUGAUUGUAAACUUAAGGGAGACCUAUACGGGUUGUUGAACGCCCUGGGCGGGGCUCGCCGCCUCCGCUCGCUCGACGUGGGAGGCAACCUGGCGGGCGACGCCGGGGCGCGGCUGCUAGCGAAGGCUCUCCAGUGCAACUGCACUCUGCACACCCUGUAUAUCGACCGCAAUGCGUUCAGCUUGCAAGGUUUGACGGACAUCGCGAUGGCCCUGCGUCGCUCGGUGAGCGUGCGGCGCGUAGAAUUCCCCGGCUGCGACGCGGCGGCCGGCGGCCGCGCUGCCAGCGAACGCGUCGCUACGCUGUGGCGGGAGCUCCAUGAGAGAUUAGCAGGCAACGCCACCGGCGCUCAAUCCCACCGACUCCGAGCGUUGGCCUUAGAACGCGCGUGGGCAGGGGGCGAAGCCGCGGCCGCUUUAGCAGCCCAAGCUGCAGCCGCCUUGCCCCCUCCACCGCUGCCGGCGGCUUUGGAGAGAGCCGCCGCCGCUGCCCAUCACUUACUGCAUCAGUACUUGCAGAGAUGCGGCGAAGUGUUCGCCGCGAUGGGAGGCGGCGGCAGCAGCGGCGAGCUGGUGACGCUGCAGGCCGUCCGCGACGCUAUGGCGCCCUGCUCCACCACGCUGCAGGAUCUACUCAAUGAAGCUGUAGAGAGUCUAGCUCUCUCCGCGUGUGAGAGCGUGGACGGUGGGGACAGCGAACCCAUUCAAAGCGUGGACCCAGAUAUUCCUGAUCUACUUACACCCAUUUCGCAUUCUGGGGCGACGCCGCUCGGCUGCCGGCGGCGCGAGCGCGGCGGGCGGCGCGUGCGGCCCAAGUCGGUGGCGGAGCAGCAGUGCAGCAGCAACGAGAUGCUGUCGCUGCCGCCGCUGCACGCCGAGGCCGCCGACGCGCUCGCCGACCUGCCCGCGCACACGCUGCGGCACCUCGUCAAAGGUCGACCCAGACGGGCAAAAACACGAGCGCCAUCACGCCCUAUCACCGAUCAGUCACAAGACAUCGAUGAAGGUCUGGACGAGUUUUGGCGCACUUGCCGCACGCCGCCUGGCAGCGAGGAGGCGUCGCUGUCGACGCGCACGCCGCUGACGUCACGCUCGCUGCACUCGCUGUCGUCGCUGGCCUCGCCCUCGCCGCUGCGCCACUCGCCCACGCUGCAGCGCGACGACACCAUGUACAGCGUUACAUCUGGAGAGAGCACGCCCGUCUUAUUAGAAUGUGAGGUGUCCCGUUGCAAGUCUUCCGACAACGUAGGAGCCAAAGCGCCCACCACGCCGCCACCAUCGCGCUCCUCAGACAACGUCAACACCAUGGGGAACGGCUGCGCGCGCACGCCGGGCAAGGCGCGGCCGUGGUCCGUGGCUGGCAACCCCGACGCCAGCGCCGCCGCCUGCACCACAGAAGGCGUGGAGGCCUGCGUGGGCGGCAGCAUCGUGGGCAUCACGCCGGGCGCGGCACUAACCAGCUCUAUGCUACGAGAUCAUCCUUUAACUCCAGAGGGAGCCGAAGCCUAAACGAGCUAUAGUCGGGAGCGUAGGACGGCGAAUGCAGUACGUGAUACGUUGAGCAGGGUUCAUCCAGAUAUUACAUUAGAACGGAUUUUAUUAUCGGAUGCUCACAAUUGUGCCAGUUAGAAUUUUAACUUUUUAGAUGGUAAAAUAGCUACCUACUGAUUAGUAUUCUGAUAUCGUAAUUGAUUCGCCAUUUAGUUAUUAUCCAUUUGAAUAAUGGUUUUCAUUACUUAUUAUAAAAUAAACGGUCAUAAUAAUAAAAUUCCAAGUAACUUAGGAUAUUAAGGUCUAUACAUACUAAUGACAUUUUUAUUUACUGUGAUUGAGUUAGUAUUAUGUAAAUGUUCGUGGAAUAUUAUUUUAUUUGCAGAACCUAUGUUUGCUGAAAACUAUUAUGUGAUAUGAACUUUUAAUUACUAACUGGUUUAUUUCGCAAUGCCCGCUUCAUCAAUGUUCUUUAUGGAUUUAGUCACUAUUUAUUUAAAAACGUAAACAUCUUGUACUAUUUGUUAUUAUUGAGUUAUAUUUUUAUUAGCCUUAUCGAGCAAUGAUGAAAUGGGUGCUAAAAACUUUUGCUAUAUUUCCUCGCUCUUACAAAAUCAAUUUGACAGAAUAAUUUGAGGCGUCAACGGAUUGGUCUUACCUAGUCAUGCUUUAAAAGGCCUAUUACACGCACAAUCUAUCUCAGUUAAGUCUUUUGUGAGAAUGAAUGUAUGUAAUUCGUUUUUAAUCAAUUUUAAUGACCGAUAUCUUCCAUCCUAUACAUUCCUAAAUUGUAAAAUAUUUACCAAUAUGUGGAAAAUAAUGAAGUGUGAUUUUUAAAUAAAGUUCAAACGUAAGGUGAAAA